GAAUUUGUGACAGUUUCAAAUCGUUGUCAAAAUCCUCCGUUUUCGAAUUUGGCGCCAUUGGGUCGCUGCGUGCGAUUCCUCACUUAUCAGCUGUUCAAUACAAUAUGGAUGUGUAGUGGUGUUGGUGUUUGUUUGGAAAAGCAAGAUCGCGACGUAGUUUUAGUGUUUUUCGAUAAAAACCGUGUAAUCAUCACUUCGAACUCAUGAGUAAUAUAACUUCAUCCGACUCUAAUGGGACUAAGAAUUAUUUCGUGAACUACAACCAGGACAGCACGUCACUAGUCGUCGGCAGCAAAAGCGGUUAUCGUCUCUAUUCCCUCAACAACGUCGACGAUUUGGAACUUAUCUACUCGAACGAUGUCGAAGAAACCUACAUGGUGGAACGUCUCUUUAGCAGUAGUUUGGUGGCAACUGUGGCUCUCUCAUCCCCCCGAAAGUUGAAAGUUUGUCAUUUUAAGAAAGGAACGGAAAUAUGCAAUUACUCAUACUCGAACACAAUUCUUGCUGUUCGCAUGAAUCGGUCUCGUCUUGUCGUUUGUCUUGAAGAAAGUCUCUACAUUCACAACAUACGCGAUAUGAAAGUCCUCCAUACGAUCAGAGACACGCCCCCUAACCCGCAAGGCCUCUGCGCUUUGAGUAUAAACCAUGAUAAUUGUCUUUUGGCGUAUCCUGGAUCGGCAACAAUCGGGGAAGUACAGAUUUUCGAUGCCGAUCAUUUGCAUGCUAAGACGAUGAUUCCCGCUCAUGAUAGUCCACUAGCGGCUCUAGCAUUCAGUCCUAGUGGUACACGAAUCGCCACUGCAUCAGAAAAAGGAACAGUUAUUCGAGUUUUUUCAUCAGCUGAUGGUCAAAAACUCUACGAAUUUCGAAGAGGAGUGAAACGUUGCGUCGAUAUUUCGUCUUUGGCAUUCAGCACUUGUAGUCAGUUUUUGUGUUGCAGUAGCAAUACGGAAACGGUGCACGUGUUUAAGUUUGAGGAACCGAAAGAGAGUCCUAAACGCAAUGUGGAGGAGAGUAGUUGGAUGGGUUAUCUUUCGAGUUAUUUGCCGACACAAGUUACCGAUGUUUUUACCCAAGGGAGGGCUUUCGCAGCCGCGCAUUUGCCCACGCAAGGGUUGAGGAACGUUAUCUCGAUUAUGACGGCCCAGAACCAGUUGCGUUUGCUUGUGGCGACCGAGGAGGCGAAGUUGUAUGUUUACAAUUUGGACCCGAACGAAGGUGGCGACCUCACAUUGUACAAGCAACACCGUCUUGACGACUCACGUGACACCCGUGACUCAUCAAAAGGUACAGCUAUGAGCGAACCGCAAAACAUCGAUGGAGGCUCUGCCAUACUAGCUAGCUACGCCGGCAUCGUCAAGGGCAAUCCCGUGGGCCAAAUGUCAGGUACUGAGUCGGAGAAGCUGAGGGAGAUGGCGGCGGCCACCGAAUCGCCCCCGAAAGGAGGGCCCUUCCACUUCAACGACGACCAGGAAUAUCCGCCCUUGACGCAGAAUUCGGACUGAGAUAGGUACCAACUCAUGUUCGGGCUGGUGCUCCUCAUUCAUUUCGUCGUCAGGAUUAGCGAGGAUUUGAUUUUUUAUCUGUUCAAUUUGAACGGAUGAUUUUAUUUCUAAUUAAUUUAGUUUUUUGUAUUGUCAUUUGUUGAGGGCAAAUUCAUAUCAAUUGACACUAUUUUUAUUUUUAGUAAAUCAAUUUGUUCGCACUUUGCGUAAACAGUUAGUAAAAAUGUCUAAUUUAUUCUGAAAUACUGUAAUAAUAAAGCCAUGGUUUCGCCCUUAUUUUCUGACACAUGAGGGAGUGUCUGAUUUAU